UUCUUCAGUCUUUAGCGCGUAUCGGUCGAGAGAAGGUUCAUCAUCGCCAUGACGUGCGGUUAAAUAAGAAUGAGAAUAAAAAAUUUUGAAUAAGAAAAUUACUCUAGAAUGAAAACAUUUACGAAAUAGAAUUAAUAAAGAAUUUUGUUUUGAGUGGAUUGAUUUGAUAAGAGAAUUAAAAUAAUAAUAAAGUGAAAUGAAUUUUUGUUGUGUUCAUAAAAUUAAAUAUUCUUGAAAGAUGAAAUGAAUCACUAAAUCAUUUAUGCUGAUAAAUAAGUAGGAAGUUGAAAAUUUUUUAAAUUAAAACAAGUGAAUAUUGAAGAUAUUUUAAGUGAACUCGAAAAAAAAAUAUUCAGUGAAGUUCGUGAAAAAAGCAAUAAAGGUUUUGUGAUUCCUAAACAACAUCAAAUAUAAAAAAAAAUUCCAACAAAGUGGAUUAAAACUGGAUAACAUACAACUCGCUCCUUAAAGACACCGAGGACGAGUAGCACGAAACAAAAAUCGAUUUUUGGGUUGAAAAGUGGAUGAGAUUUGCCACAAAAAGAAAAAUAUUAUACUGCGAGACAUUCUCAAAAUACAGAAUAAAAAAAAAAUAAAACAAAUAAAAACUUCAUUACGCACAUUUUGUAGGAAACAGAACAAUUUUUUUUUAUUCAUUCGUGUGUAAGCUUCAACAUUGAAGGCAAAAGGAAAUCUCUUUUUAUUCUGUGUGCAAAUAACACAGUCAUUGAGAAAAGAGGAAGAAAAAUUUAAUAAAAAAAAAUAAUAACAAAAGUAGAAGAUUAAAGUUUUCCUUUUCUUCCAUUUUCCUCGUCGUGUAAAUGUUUUGUAUACACAAUCCUAUAAAGAAUUAAGUAGCAGGAAUCGGAAGAGAAACUUUGUGUAUCAUAAAUAACCUUUAGUGUUGCUUAGAGAAGCGACUUAUAUACGUAUACUUUUAUUUUUCAUCAUUAUCAUCAUCAACAGGAUCAUGGAAAGUGUCAAAAGAAAAAAAUAAAAAAAAAGUAAAAGUGUUGUAUAUCCAUAAAGUUGUAUAGUGGAGAAAAAGAGAGGAAAAAAAGUGCUAAGAGCAAAAGUAAAUAAGUAAAUAUGGCUGUUAGUAAUAUAGUUUGUGAGUGGCUGAAAGCCCUUGGUCUAUCAUCCUAUGCUCAAAGUUUUCUCGAUAACGGCUAUGACGAUUUAGAAAUUUGUAAGCAAGUCGGUGAUCCGGAUCUUGAUGCAAUCGGUGUACAAAAUCCAACACAUCGUCAUAAGUUAUUAAAAAGUGUACGACUGUUACGUGAGAAAGGCGCAGCUAGUGUAUAUUUUCAAAUCAAUGAUCCUUCAUUAAUCGAUACGGACGGAUUAGAACGUGACGAUUCACCCAUUUUAUUUACUGAAUUAGAUCGUUUAAUAAUAGAACAGUUAGAAACCGAUGGAGUUUGUCUCACAGCACAUCCAUACUCAAGUCCGUGCCUUAAAAAUGAUGGAUGA